UGUUUGAUUAAAGACAAAACAAUUAUUGUCAAUCUAGUUCUAGAAUCUGAAAUUUUUAGAUUUUAAUUUGAAACGUUUGAAACGUUUAAAAAAAAGUAUUCGUAUUCAUAUUUAUUAGGCUCCGAAGUUACACAACGGACGUUCUACUGCUUAGAAAUAUACAUCGGGAGUGUAUAAUUUUUUUUUAGAUAGUUUCAAGUUUCACGACGAGAGAAGAAUGUCUGACAAACAGGAACCGAACGGCAAAGCGUCCGCUACCAAUAUAACAGACCAAGAACGCGAUUUGGCUCAACAAGCAUUGGCCGAAUAUGAAAAAAAAAAUUACAAAUCUUGCUUAGAACAUCUGCAACGAAUUGAAGAAACGAGGCCCAAUGACCCCAAAGUACUACUCAAUAAAGCCAUCGUUGAAUUCUAUGAAAGCGGUCUGUGUACUGCCGACAAAUUUCAAAAGUCGUUUAUAGAUGUCUGUAAACAGGUGGAAUUAAAUCUAGAACAGUUGGAUUCUUUAGAAGACGUUGAAAACUGCAUUUACUAUUAUAACUAUGCUGUGUUUUUAUACCACUUAAAACAUUACACCAAAGCACUGGCUAUGAUAAACAAAGUUUACUCAUUUAUAGAAUCUCUAGAGGAAAGUUUGGCUCAUAAAGUAUGCUUGCUGAUAGUCCAAUUACAUAUAGAUACUAAUAAACAUGCAGAAGCACUGAAAUUGAUUACUUACAUUGAAAGUCAAUUUGUAUCAACAGAUAAUGCCACUAACAUAUUAACUGGUAGUGCAGAUCAAGGAGGUCCUAUUCAUGCCGAAACAGAGAAAACAGAAAAAAAAGCCAAUUUAGAUGCUGCUACUGAUGCAUUUCGAGUCAGUCUUAUUCAGUAUCGAGUUAGGUCUCUUAUGGAGCUAAAUUUAUUUGAUGAAUGUAGUCAACAAUUAAAUACAAUCAAAGAAAAACAAGACUCUAUUACAAUGUUUUUAAUAGGAAAAUUAGAAUACCUUCGUGGGAAUCAUAAAGAAGCACUUGCAAUUUUGAAAGAAAUUCCUGUAAAAGACGAUUUUAUAGAAACUGGAGAAUGUUCUUCAGUUUUAAUAAAUAAUAAUGUGGCUUGUUUGUACCAUUAUGCUAAAAAACCUACCUUAUCAUUCACAUCUAUUUACAAAGCAAUUGUCCAACACCAAAAAAAUAUUGUUGAUGUUACAAAGCCUACUCAAGCUGAAGGUAGUUUAUCAGGUCAACCACUUCAUAUAAUUGGUGCAAGUAUUAAAACUGAACUUAUGUUCAAUUUGGGCAUAAGUUUAUUACACGCUCGAAAACCUGAAGAAGCAUUUGACUGUCUAAUAGAAGCUGUACAAACUUAUCACAUGAAUCCUAGGCUUUGGUUAAGAUUAGCAGAAUGUUGUAUUAUGACUCAUAAAAAAAGCAAUGACAGAGAUUUUGAUUUCAAGAAACCUUAUAUUGAAGGUGUGGUUGGCUCUGGUAAGCACAGGAAAAUCAUUUUGAAGUCACAGUUGUUUCCAGACACAAAAUACAGUUGUGAAGCAGUUUCUGCAUCCAUUCCAAUGCCAAGUCUUGAAUUUGGCUCAUUAUGUAUUCGUAAUGCUGUUUUAUUAAUUCAAAAUGAUACUAUUGACUGUUCACCUUCUCACACUCCCAUUAAUACACCACACAAAGACUAUCUUUUCGGUUGCAUUCAAUCAGCUGGAGCAUAUAUAGCCUUAUGUCUAGGAGAUCCAGUGGUUGCAUUGAAGUAUUCACAAGAGUUACUUAAGUCUGACAAAAUUAACAAAGUUCAUAAAUUUUUAGGUCAUUUAUAUGCAGCCGAAGCACUAAUAUUGUCAGAUAAACCAAAUGAAGCAAUAGAUAUGUUAAAAGAAUCCAAUGCUUUUGAUGAUAUUGAACCUGAAAUACAUGAACAGCUUAGAACUGAACAAUGGAAACCAGACAAACAGAAAUCUGCCAAGGCUGUUCUUUAUUAUAACUUAGCUGUAGCAUUAACACUAAGGGGUGACCUUGAUAAAGCUGGAGAAUUACUUAAACAAAUAUGGCUAUCGAAAAUCGAACAUGUUUCAGUACCUGUUCACGUUGUCAUAUUGGCCCUAUACAUUCACUUACGAUUAGGCCAAAAAGAAAUUGCAAUAACCUUAAUAAAACAAAAUUGUCCGCAAGCAAAACGAUAAGUAAAAUAAAAUUAUAUGUUACUAUUAAAUUAUAUUAUAUUAUUACUAAUAACAACAAUAACAUACUUGCAUGUAUUAUAUUUUAUUUUAUAUAUGUAAGUAUAUGAUAGUAUAGAUAUCAAUAAAAAUUGAAAAAAUAAAUUUGUUUACAUCACUUAAAAAAAAAAAAAAACACAACAACAACAAAAUACAAUUUUAUUCUCUCUCUCUCCUUCGUUCUCUUUAUAAUAUUAUAAAAUAUUACAUUAUACAUAAAUAAAAUAUUUUUAAAAAUUUAACA